AUGAUACGCUUCUUCCCUUCUGCUUCUCUUCUUCAGUUUGCCACACCUGACAAUGCUCCCCUCUUCAAUUCGACCUUGUCCUCAAGACAGAAGGUAGGAAACCUGCGCUUGAGGUCGUCUGAAAACUCCCAGUUGGGGUCUUCUGUUGAGGAGUCUGUUCCUUUCCAUGAGCUACUAAUUUAUGUCUGUACUGUCUUGUUCUCAGGCACCAUCGUAGCUUGCUUCUCUGGUAGCCGGUCAUCUUGCCAUGGCCUUGUCCUUGCUGGGAAGGCUUAUAUUGAUGCCUCUCAUAUCUCUUCGGUCGCUUCUUCAGGCUCAACUCACCAGUACAAUUGGUGGUCCUCAACAGCUUUUCACCAUCUGCCUGUCUCUGAAUCUGUAGCUCCACUUGAUUGCACUCUUGAUGGGUCAUUUUUAUUUGCUGGUGGCCUUUCUGGGAAUGUCUGUGCUCUUUCCAUCCCUUCAGGGCCCGUUCUGAAAUCAUGUCCUUGCCCACAACAAACCAGUAUCUUGUCUCACAGUCAACAAUUAACAGUGAUGAAGUCUGAAAAGACUUCACUUGGAAAUGGACUUUUCUUGGUUAAUGAGGUUUGGUAUGAUUCUGCAAAACAAGUUCCUUCACGAUAAA